CCUACAGAUUAUCAGAGCAUUCUAGCGGAGCUGCAGUCCCCCGCCACACUGCACUCCAACCCCCACUUCUUGGAGCCUGAACUCCCCAUCACCCCCAACCCUUCCCUUGCCCACCACCAGCUCCACCAUUACCCAGAACCAGACACCCCUUUGCUGGCUGACUCCCAGCCUCAGCCCCUUCCCUGGAGCCCGGAAAUAGAGCCAGGUAGCAGAGAGCCGGACAGCCCCCCUAGGAGCCCCCCCAGACCCUGUGAGCUCGCCCUGUCCAUCCCAGUAUUUGUACUCCCUGAUCCUGUUCCUCCUAAGGUCAGAAAGCCCCACAUCGCUCUGAAUGACCAGCUGCUUUUGAGCGAGGAGGAGGACAGGCCUUGUCAAGAAAUGGAGCUGAGCCACAAGCCCAAGUCACACUCCCUCCCUGCGAUGUGUGAGUUAGACAUUGACAUGGUUUACUCCACAUCUUCCCCUUCACUCUCAUCAGUAUCAUCAAUAACCCCUUCAUCGCCCGACAGAGCACAAAUGGGAGAUGGAGGAGUCCAGAUUGGUUUACAGGAGGAUAUAUGUUUAAAAGGAGGUGAAAUGGAAGUGACAGAAGACAUAGAGAAGUUUGUUGAGAUGGUUGCAGCAGAGUUAGCAGAGGGAAAUGGAUUCGUGGAAAAGUGGGUAGAGCAGGACUUGAUUAAAAAUGUGGAAAGAAAAUGUGAGAUGAUAACAAAAGAUAGGUCUGCGCUGGCAGAGGAGAAUACGAUUUUGGCUGACCAGAAGGAGGGGUCUGCAGAGGAAGAACAAGAUGUGAGAGAUGAUGGGAAUAAGGGUGCAGCCUGUGAGGUGGAAGAGGUGAGAGAUGUGCAGAAUCUAUCAGAAGAACAGCAUAAUCUGAUGCAUGAAGUGGGAAAAGGUUGUACCACAAUAGAAGCAGAGGCUGUCAAAGAGGGCAUUGCUGAAACAGCUGAGGUUCAGAAAUGUAAAGGGGGCAGUGAGGAAAGGGUCUACCAGGGUGACAGAGUGGAUGACACAAAUGGACAACUACAGUUGAAAGCUGAAGAAGGGUUGUGUGGCAAUGAAAUAGAUAUUUACGGAACAUCAGAAGGAGACCAGGCAGCCGAGGACCAGGCCAUAGCUCCCCUCUCCCCUCAGGCCUGGGUUGAGGCACUUGGGGAACGUCAGCCCAGUGAGUCUGAAUCCAAUGAGGAAGAGGAGGAGGGAAACCGAGAGAAAGAAAUCAAAGAAGAGGCAUUAGGAUCUCUGUUGGAGGAGGAGGUGGAGAAAGAAGAAGGCUCAGAGGAGAAGGAGGAGGACAAAGAGAUGACCGAGGCCAGUGUUCAGGAGAUUCUUGGUCAGGUUGAACAGGCAGAAAAAGAAGUGUGUUCACUUUCAGGUUGGCACAGUGAUUCAUCCAGCGUCAACGUGGAACCACCAACGCCCGGCCGCAGUGUCAGCUCAGACCUGCUCGACAGGCGGGAAAGCCAAGAAAACAUUAGUGACUCCAUCACAUCCUCGUCUAGGGGCGAAUCAGGGAGGUCCCGACAGAACGGCAACAACUCAAAGCACUCACCUCAGGACCGCUCAUCGGAAUCAUCAAAUGGCAGAAAGGAAGAGGGAGCACUCGUGUCGGAGAAAAAAGUCCAGCGGGUUAGUGUAGAUUCCGGUUCAGAGGAAGAACAGACUGUAACUACCAGAAUCUUCAGACGCCGUCUCAUUUUAAAGGGAGAACAAGCAAAGAAUAUCCCAGGCGAGUCUGUGACCGAGGAACACUAUAUGGACCACGAUGGUAACCUCGUCAGUAGAAAAGUAAUCAGGAAGGUUAUUCGGCGGAUAUCUACUCCCACACCAGAAAACCAAGGAGGUGACAGUUGGCAGCAAGACCUUCAGCACAGUCCCGCUCUGCAGGAAGACGGGUCAGAGCAAGGAGAAGGGUCAAGAAAUAGCAGGCGAAAAGAUGACAGAAGAUCAGGGGAUAAAAAGCUCCACUCAUAGGGAUGGUUGUGCUCUACCAGCAAGAUGUACAGGAACCAAGUUGGAUGUUUCCUGAGAAUAAGUGUUCAGAGGGCUAGAAAGCUCCAGUGUGAGGACUUCAGGGUCCAGUCUGCAACUAUCUGCUUCAAACAACUGUCUUCACGUGAGAGGAGUCGACCCUUCUGACUUACGCAUGAGCAUGAAAAACUCACUUCCUGUCAAUGAAAGGAUCGGGGGGUUCUUACUUUCUGACUGGUGGUGGACACGUGGACAUUGAUUCUGCUUCCUCUUUUGUGUGAAACAAUACGUGCCAUCGGUCCACUGGUGUUGUGAGAGCUUUUUUAAGGAGCAUCGUUUGUUGUGAAAACGAUAAAAGACUCCAUCACUGACAACCACACAGGUGCAACUGUGACCAAAGAUGGCACAA